UUUUAUUUUUCUAAGUCCUUUUAUAUUUGUUUCCCUGCGUGUAUUGUGUUUAGUUAGAAGGAAUGAGAAGAACUAUGUCUUGUCAAAUAAGGAGGCCAGGUUCAAACCAGGUCCUGAAUGCAUUGGUCAGAUUAAAGGCUGUCUGUUUGAGUGAGUGUGGGAAGAAUCACAUUUCAGUCUUCUACUGAAGAAGAAUAGAGCCUUGCUCUGGUGCCCUGAAGGAACCCAUCAUCACUACCAGCACAGUUCUCUGACUUAUAACUUGAUUUCUAUUCUAGGGAUAAGGAAGAUUACUGAAGUCUUUCACACUAGCAGAGAAUUCAUCUCUGACAAAGAGUUCCUGACUGACUGCUCAGGAGAUGUGAAGAGGGUUGAAUGGACUUGGAGAAGCCAGCCUCUUUUCCACAUAUACUUUUCUGGCAAUUUGCAAAAAGGAAGAAGACUUCACUUUGGUUCACAGUCUCUCUACUGGUGGUGUCCAUUUUCAUACUGACCAUAGGUCUGGCAGCUACAACAAGAACAGAAAAUGUUACUGUGGGAGGCUACUACCCAGGCAUCAUUCUUGGCUUUGGAUCUUUCCUAGGGAUUGUUGGCAUCCACCUGGUAGAGAACAGAAGACAAAUGUUAGUAGCCUCCAUCGUGUUUAUCAGCUUUGGCGUGGUAGCAGCAUUCUGUUGUGCAAUAGUUGAUGGAGUGUUUGCAGCACGGCAUAUAUGCUUUCCAGGGAGAGUAUGGACUAGAGAGUCAUCACAGCGGAGCAUGAAGGCACAAGAUCAUCCCACUGGCGUGACAAGAAGGCAUUUUGCAGUCCUAGAAGUAGUUCUGCAUCUGGUUAAGUCAGAACCUAGACCUUUGUAUAACAGAAGAUGCCAGUUUUAUUCAAGUGGAGUAGGAUUCCUAUAUGAUGCCUACCAAACAGAGGUGACAUGUUACACCUUAAACACCAAGUGCCAGCUGAAAGUAAAGAGUAACACGUGCUAUUGCUGUGACCUGUACAACUGUGAGAACUCAGAGCAGUCCUCCAGCUACUAUGAAUUUCUUGGUGUGAGCAGCUGUCAGGAUGUGGUUCACCUGUAUAGGCUGCUGUGGUCCUCCACAGUCCUGAACAUCAUCGGGUUGUUUCUGGGGAUCAUCACAGCAGCCAUUCUUGGAGCAUUUAAAGACAUGGUACCUAUGUCCCAAAUUGCUUUCAGUGCUGCACCACCUCCUCAGAUCCUGUACAACCCUACCCAGCAGAUCCUGACGUAUGCUGGAUUUUGUCCUUCUGCAGCAACAAUUUCUACAUAUCCAUCCUACCCGUUGCCCCUUCAGCCUGCCAGCAAUUUUCCAGGAACAUCAUCUACUGACAUUUCUUUAUCAGAAGAUACUCAGCCUCCCUCUCAGUCCAGCUCCAGCUACGGUCUUCCCCCCAAUGCUCCGCCCCUCUAUGCACCGACUUACUUCUUGCCUGGAGAAAAGCCUCCACCAUAUGCACCAUAGGACCAAGUAUUUAUUUGAGGUAGUUAGCAGGUAUUGUUUUUAAGAAACCUUUGGAAGCCCUGUGCUGUGCAGGCACUAGACUUUCCAAGGAACCCACUACAGAGUGUGUUACAGACACUCUGCUUUUAGGCACAUCUCACUAAGCAGAGCAGAAACCUGGAAAUGUCAGGGCAGGCUCAUUCCCAGUGGGGUGACAGGUCACCACCCAGUCUGCCUGAGGUCAAAUGCAGUACUGCUUUCUACUUACCAUGAGUUUUUUCCUUCUCCCUAUACUGCAGAAUGGUUUUCUUCCAGAGGAGAAUUGAAGAAAACACUCUGCAUACGUACUCUGCUUUCAUAAACCAAUAUAGAAGGGUUUUAGUCUGUGUUGUCUGAAUGAGUAUUCUGGAGCCCUACGAGUCAAUUGCUUUGGGUAGAAAGAGCCUAGGUGUUUGUUUGCUUGUGGUAUUUAUUUAAGAACCCUCUUUGGUGAAAGUAUUGUACCAAUAAAAAAAGUGUGUCAAUUAUUUUCCAAUAAAAUUGACUGUGUAUAUUUAUGCUGUA